AUGGUAGAUAUAAGAUGCGAUGCCGCAUGCGCUGAGCGGAGGGAACAUGUCACAGGACAUGCUAUAGAGAUUAUGCGGAUGUACAUAUGUGUAUAUAUGGAAACCGGUAUCGCCAUGCCAUUGAAGUCACCACCGGUCACAACUCACGCCACAGAAGAAGAAGCUCUUCAUCCCGUAGUAGAUGACCCCAAACAUCUCUUCUUGCUUACCCCUGGACCUAACCAGCUGUCAACGUCAAGGACUAGGCCCCACUGGUAG